UGAUGCAGCACCUGCAAACGAUAGCUUGCUGAUUGCACUAUAUUCCUUUUAGCGCGAGAGAAUUCAAGUUGCAUUUCAACAAGCCACAAUGCCCUCAUGUGCACAUACUUGACCUUACUAAUGUUUAUACACUAUAUUUGUGCAGUCUACUGAGCCUAACCUACCUCCAACAACACGUCUCUCUCUCUCUAUCUAUCUCACCUGUGGGCUAAUCACCUGUUCAGGUGUAAAACACGUUCCUGUCAAAUGGGUUAUUUGCAAUAUUUCCUAAAGCACCUGAAGGCAACACUGUUGACGACACUCGAAGCGCCACGCGAAGCACACGUGCACUCCGAAGCUUUCCGUUGCCAGGGUAACUAAGGAGUCUCAAGUGAGGUGGCAGAUAAACGGUAACGUUACCGGACAAAAUCCUUCGUUUUACCGGUAGUAAUGGACAUUCUGGAGAAAGUGAAACAACAUCUACCGACCAUCGACUUUGAUUCUUCAUCAUCCGAGAAUGAAGAGAUUGCCACUAUAUACCAAAGACCAGCUGGUCUGUCCCUGACGGUCCCGGAAGACUUUGAGCUUUUAUCAACGGAUGAUGAUGAUCUAGAGGAGCUGUUGAAACCUGUAGCUCAGACCUGCUGGUCAGAAGAGAGUGGGCAGUUGGAUGAUGAUGAACAUGUGGAAGGCACUACUGUAACUGAUACACAGCACUCUGAUGCUGAUGUUGAGGCAGAUGCUUGUGAGAGAGGUAUUGUGCAGUUGAACAGAGCCAAGCCAGAUGCCUCUGUAACACCAAAUGUCGACAACACAACAGUUGAUGGGGGUUUUCCCCUUCUCUCAUUUGCAAGGCUUGACCAGUGGGAUUUGGAUGAUGUUCUCAAAAAUCUGGACGGGCUACCUCUGCAACAAUAUGCGUCAGUUGAACCUUUGAAAACAAAAGCAGAAGGUGCCAAGGACAGAUCCAAGGGAAAUAUAAUGGAGAGACUAGUUGCUUUCUGUAACAGCCAGUCAACCAAGUCUGUGUCCGAGCCUGUGAAAAGUCCAAACCACAUCAGACAUAACAAUGUGUGGAAAAAAUCAUCGGGGAGGUCGGAAGACGAGCUGCAGCUGAGCCAGCAGGAAUGUCCCACUGUCUACAUUGACCUGCGUUGCCCUGAUUCUUCAAAACAACCACCAAGAACAUCCCUAAAUCUUUCAUCAGAGUCCAAGUCAGCAGCCAAACGCAACAAUCACCAGGAAACACCACCUGCAAAGAAACUCAAUCUUAAAGUGCAUGCUGGAUCACGGAACGGGGACAGGGAAGUGACUGGAAAGAGUAUGCUGCUUCAGAAAAUCAGGGAGAUGAACAGAAAUGGAAAUGGAUAUCCGAAUGAAUAUGCAGACCCUACAUAUUCAGUGCCAGAGAAUGUUCCAGAGAAACUGAACGAGAAGCUACCCCAGGCUGAGUCACACAAUCUGUGGGGAGGCAGACAAUCUUCUCAUGUACAGGUUGAAUACAGAAACCCCAAAAUGAAAAGCCCACCAACAACUCAGCAAAGAACAACCAAACAACCAAAGCAGCAGAGUGACCACCAGAGAGCACGAGUUAAGCAGACAUAUCAACAUGAACAACAGCAGAUUCUUAAGCAACUGGAAAUUCAUCGUCCACCCAAAUCUGUCAAUCAGAAGCAGCCAGCUGCUGAAAGGACUGAUGUUCUUUAUGAUUUUGAAGCAUCUCAUCUACAGUCCAUCAGCACACUACCAGCAGAUAUUGAAAGUGAGAGACAUAUGCUACUAACUGUAGACCUCUCCAGUCCUGGCGUGGUUGGAUCCAGAUCUCACAGGACGAGAAAACAUCUGAAUUCAGCGGCAACCAAAUCAGACAUCUACAACACUUUAGUGGCUUGGUUUCUGUCUUUGGUUGGCCCUGAGCCACGUCAUGAGGAAGACGAGGUUGGUGCAAAGGUCCCAUUCUGGGUUGCAGGACUCCAGCAGCUGUGGACAGAGGACGGACUGGCUUUGCACGUCUUAGUUGUGGCUCGUCACUCCUAUACACCAAGGAAAAGGGACAAAGACAUCCACACACCUUUCUACAACCAUGUCUGCAGGUUCCUCACUGAGACCUCGCUCACUCUAAUCGCCAGCUGGCUGCCUCAGCUCAGAAACUUGCUGGACCAACAAGCCUAUGCCUCACCCAUCCAUCUGCCCUCUUCCUGUUUAGAUUGUUUCAUCUCCACCACCUCCAACAAAAAGGUUAUAGAUAGGACAUUUGGUCUCAGUCCAGGCUUUUACUGGCAGACUGUGGAGACUCAGGAGCAUGGUUGUAAGGGGAAAGAGACCACACAAGAGCUGCACACAGAAGUAUCGGUCGCUCUGGGGUGCAAAGCUUUCAUCCUACAUCCUGUCAUAACACACUACACCCUCCAACUUGUUCUCGACUCGGGGCUCGAUGUGUGUGGUCUGCGGCUCCUUUAUCCACCACAGGGGUUCCUGAGUGACAGUGCUGGUGCUGUACCAGUUAUCCAGAGAACUGAUGAGACCUGCCAGCCUGUUCUUGCCCUUGCUGUGCGGGGCCUUCAUGCCCACUCAGUGUUGAAAGAUCUAACUAGUUCGUUAGAUCCUCUGAUGCCCAGAGAGACAGAUCGCACACCUCUCGAGCCUCCUCUUUUCUUCUCCUCUCGACUGGCCAGCCAGGCCCACAGGGAGCUGUGCUUGUGGUUUUCAGGAAGAGUCGGAGGACAAAGUGCACACACUCACAACCGGCUUCUGAAUAGAGUUGUUCCUUCGAAUGACAGAAGAGGAGUCUUUCUGUGUGCUACAACGAAAGCUGACUUACUCCUGGUGGUGUCGCCUGCCGUGCCUCCAUGUUGUUACGGCCAAGUGCUGUCUGUUUGUGAACGCAGAGGCUUCAGACUGUGGGGGCUGCAGAGGCCACAGCUUCAGAGCAACGCAGCUGCGGUCCUUGGACUCUCCAACCAGCAGGCUCGCGUGUUCUGCAGCCCACAGACUGUGACCCCAGAUCAGGGUCAGCUGGAGCUGCCCUCUCACUGUCUGCUGUUGUUACUGAGGAAAGAAAAUGCAGUGCACCACGGUGUUAGUCUGCCAGCAGCUCUAAUGAGAGAAUUUAAGGCACAACAGCUUCUGGGUUGCAUCCAGUCCAGAGUUGAUGGAGUUCAGACAGUAGAGCCAAGCUUCUGUUUCCACACUGUGCCUUACAGCAGCUACGUGUACCGUGUCUUUGGUAAGCACCGUGUGUUCCGCAUCAGUAAAGUAGCAGAUGCUCCUCUGCUGUUUCCCUUUACGUUUCUUCUGUAUAUUUGUCUUUUAGUUCAGUGUAUGUGGGCAGUGCCAGAUCCCUCCAGUGUGAUUCUGUCACAUCAGAAGUGUUCAUCCAACUCCGACAUGGAGCAGGUGGCGAUUUUGACCUUCUGUGGAAAGGACAUGAGACAGGGCCUGAGCCUCCUACACAGAGUGCUGACAGAGGAGCCAGAAGGAUUCAAGCUGCUUGGCCUGAAGUGGCUGCCUGCGUUGACUCGACUUCAGGCUCAGGAGCUGAAUCCAUACGAGGUGGGGCAGCAGCUCUGUCAAGACAGCGUGGACAGACUGAUGCCAUCUCCUGCCCUAGUGUGUGCUCUUAAACGUGUGGAUGCUGUGGCUUCACUGAGGAAACUCUUACCGCAAGAUGACCCCGGUAACCUCAGUGUCCUGAUGUCACCCACACCUGAAGUGGCUUUCAGACAAGCCUCCCUCUUCUUCUUUGAGCAUGAGAUGAUUCCUGACCACAGCGUUGUGAGGUUUCCUCCGCAAAACUGCAGUACAAAAGAUCCACAGAUCACUGUGUGCCUGUUCAAGCCAACAAUCUGGAAUCACACGCUGGCUAAAAUAGCCUGCGAACUCCAGCUGUGUGGCCUCACAAUGGUGGGCCUGCAUGUAGUGAUCCUGGACAAAAGCACCGCCCACUCACUGCUGCCUGCAGAAAGUGACCCCUCAGACUUGGAGGCCCAUGUGGAGUACUUGUGCUCUGGCUCCUCAUUGGCUCUCUGCCUCCAGGGGGAAAAUGCUGUAAGUAGGCUGCUGGAUGUGCUGGACCGAGACGACUCGUCGCUGUGGACCUAUCAUGGCAUGGCUCAUUCAUACAAUGGCAUUUAUGCAUCAGGAUCAUAUCAGAAAGCGAUUCAGGAUGUGAGGAGGUUUUUUCCAGAGGGGCUGUGCUGCACCGAGACCAGCACAAUGAGACGGGAGCAGGUAUGCCUAUCACACGCAUUUCACUUACGACUGAUAAAAGACAAACAUUCUGCGUUUGUGCUCGCUUCCUUCUUUCAGAUACUCAGCGUGCGCUCAGACCCUUUAGUCUCUGUGGAGCGUCAACAGAGCUGCACAUCGGCUUCCCCUUCAGGGGCAUCAGGACCAAAUAGAGGGAUACACAGUGCUCUCUGGCAGACAACCUGUCUGCUCUUACCCUUGAAUGCUCCACCUCUCAGCCGAGUGCCAUCCCAGCUGGCAAUGCUUGAGCAGCUGCUGAGGUCAGGCUGCCAUCUGGUGGCAGGUAGGAUGAGCAUACUGGAUAAUGAGGAGAGGAAAUAUAUCGCUGAGACACUGGAAGUGUCAUCAAGAGGGAACGAAAGGAUGGCUCACCUUUACUCGGCUCCCUGUCUCAUCAUGGCGCUGCAAGGUAAAGCGGUUGUGAGCGGCUUUAACUUGAUUCUUAGAAGUAUCUACAAGGAGAGGCCAGAACUAGAAAAAGUGGGGGAAAUGAUAGUCUACCCAGAGUGCCAGAAAGAGGCCCAGCAGCUGAUAUGCUACCUAUUUGAGGCCUCGUCUCCUGCCAUAAAGUUCAAAUAGGUGCACAAAUACAAGCAUGCCAAAGGUAAUGGUGUUAGUUGGCAUUUUUAUGUCUGUUUUGAAAAAUGUAUUUUACAAUUCAACUGCUCAGGACAGACUUGUUUUAGAUAAUAUAAAUAUGUUUACAAGCGACUGUAAUGUAAUAAAGUUAAA